CACGGUUCGUUAUUAGUGAGCUAAAGAAAAAAUGGCCACUCCUUCUUCGUUUUCGAAGGCCGUUUUGACUUGGGCUUGCGCUGUGCUCCUUAUCGGCUGCACGAGCGCUCAACUUUCGACCAACUAUUACGCCAAAACUUGCCCCAAGCUCUUCCCAACGGUGAAGAAAACCGUGCAUGCGGCGAUUGCCAAAGAGACCCGCAUGGGCGCCUCUCUCCUCCGGUUGUUCUUCCAUGAUUGCUUCGUCAAUGGUUGCGACGGAUCGAACCUCUUGGACGACACGCCUACUUUCACCGGAGAGAAGAAUGCGACCCCUAACAGAAAUUCCCUACGAGGGUUCGAUGUGGUGGACAAGAUUAAGUUCGCAGUGGAGAAAGUGUGCCCAGGCAUUGUCUCGUGUGCUGAUUUGUUGGCGAUUAUCGCCCGAGAUGCGGUUGAGAUACUGGGAGGGCCAGGGUGGGAUGUGAAGCUGGGAAGGAGAGAUGCGAGAACGGCGAGCCAGGCAGCAGCCAACAACAGCAUUCCUCCUCCAACUUCUAACCUCAACGCCCUCAUUUCCAGUUUCCAAAAUCACGGCCUUUCCCAAAAGGACCUCGUCGCUCUAUACGGAGCGCACACAAUUGGGCAAGCGAGAUGCACAAACUUCCGGGCCAGGAUCUACAACGAGAGCAACCUCGACAGGUCAUUCGCUGCGACGACGAAGAGAAACUGCCCACGCAUCACCGGCGUCGGCGAUAACAACCUGGCCGGGCUCGACUUCCAGAGCGCGACAUCGUUCGACAACACCUACUUCGUCAACCUCAUGAGGAAAAGAGGACUCCUCCACUCCGACCAGCAGCUCUUCAACGGCGGGUCCACCGACUCGCUCGUCAGGGCUUACGCCAAAAGCCAAGGCACCUUCUACAAGGACUUUGUGGCAGCCAUGAUCAAUAUGGGCGACAUCAAGCCCCUCACAGGAUCCAAGGGCGAGAUCAGGAAGAAAUGUAGGAGGGUCAAUUAAUUGCUGACAAACCAUUCCGUAAUCUCCAAACAUCGGAGACAAAUAAUCGAUAAUAGUGUGGAAAACCAAGAGAGAAGCUUUCUUAUGUCCUUUAAAGCUUAA